AGGGAGACUCGGCGAAUAAAAAGUAAUUUUAAGGUUGCGAGUCCAUCAGGGCAGUAGUCUCUGCGCUAUGGAAGAAAAGUCGAGCUUUUACCGGGGAGUCCGUCGGGUGCAAAGUCGAGUCCUGCGGCUGGCCGGCCUCAUACCCUUGGAGAAUGGCAAGCUCGGCUUCGUAGGCACCGUUUGCCUGUCGGUCUACGUGAAUCUGGCCUUCAGCGCCGUGAGCAGCGUUUACGUGUGGGCCUUCGUCGAGGACUGCCGCAAUCGGCGCUUCAAUCCCGACAUCACGUCGGAGAUGUUCUCGUUCGUGGGCUUUCACCUGCGCUUCUUGUACAUCUUUGGGCGUCGGAGAAAGUUGGCCGCGAUGCUGGACUACUGCGAGUCGUUGUGGACUCGCGUCGAGAGCCACGAGAAGGUGCACGUGCGAGGCUUUGUGCGAAAGGUAAGUAAGCUGAGCUGCUGCUACUCCGGCAUCAUUCUGACGACGAUCACGCUCUACGUGCUGAGCAGCCAAUUGCCUCAGUUGACGGCUACGUCGAGCAACGAGACCGUUCACCGAGUCUUGCCCUAUCCCUUUUACUUCGACGUUCAGUCGUCGCCUAGGUACGAGAUACUCUUAGCGACUCAGAUCGCGUGUCUGCUGACGGUGACGCAGACGAGCGUGUGCGUCGACACCUCCAUAGCUUUUCUCAUUAUGAUCGCUUGUGGACAUUUUCGGCUGAUCCAAGUGAGACUCGAGCAGAUUUCCAGUCACAUCGAUGCGAACGAGCGUGAGGCGCAUCGUUCGCCGCUUCGAAUCGAGAAAACAGGUCCGCUUAGCAAAAUCCUCGAUAAUAAGGACGACGAUCGCGUCGAACGCGAGACUCGAGUCGAUGGAAAAUGGACCGGCAGAGUCAUUAGUCGAAAAAUUCGUCAGUGCGUCAAGUACCACGGAGAAAUACUGCAAUUUUGCACAGAAAUCGCUCGACUCUCCAGCGAGAUAUUCAUGAUCGAGCUUAUAAGUACUACGUACAAUUUGUCGCUCAUCGGCAUUCUCUUAGCCGGGAACAUGCCAUUGACGGAAAAAUUCAAGUUUGCCCCAGUUUUGCUAAUUCUGACUACUCAAUUAUUUGUCUGCCAGUAUCCACCGGAUCUUCUUCUACGCGAGAGUCUAGGUGUAAGCGAUUCGGUUUAUUUCGUGCCUCCUUUUCGCAACGAUCGAUGGAGAAUCGAUCGCAUGCUUCUCAUGAUGCUCAGGCGGUCUCAAAGGCCUUAUCAGUUACUGGCUGGAGGUCAGAUUAAACUCAACAUCGAGUCUUUUGGAAACAUGAUCAGAGGGGCUGUUUCAUUUUUCACUGUUUUACGGAGUUUCAAUUGAAGACAUCAACACGAGAUCUAAUUCGUGUGUGCAA